AUGGUGGUUAUGACUGUUAAUCGGCUAUUUGACCCCGAUUUUUUGAAUGUUUCUUUCCCUAAUUUGCGUACCCAUCUCUUAUCCCCUCGUGUGCUUCAUGGUCUUGGCUCUCUGCUUGGUCGUCUGUUGCGUACUGAUAAAGCCAUUACUUCGAGGUUUAGGCCUUCGGUCGCCCGCAUUCUUAUCAAGUUAUACAUUACUAAGCAGUUUCCGGAUCAUGUGUGGCUUGGUUCUGAGAAGUUUGGUUAUGUCCAACAAGUGGAGAUGGAAGAGUUUCCCUUUUAUUGUUCUCAUUGCAAAGCAUUGGGUCAUUCUAAUGCUGGUUAUUUAAUUCUUCAUCCUCAUUUAGAUGUUAAGUCUGCUCCUCCUACGGUUAAUUUACAAGCUAAUGUUCCUUCGGUUUGUGAGGCUUCUUUGCCUGGUGGGCUUAUUGCCCUUUCUCCUAAUCCUGAGGUUAUUUUGCACAUGAAUGAUUUUUCGGCUUGUGAGGAAAUUUUACUUGCUAGGCCUGUUGCCCUAGAGAAUGUUGUAGGUGUUCCUAUGAAUUGUAUUAUUGCUUCUAACUUGGUCUGUUUGGGUGAAACUAAUGCUGUGAUGGAUAGUGUUUUACUUCCCAAUUCUUCCCAUAGAAGUGUUGAUACUCCCUUGGCAGUGCAAAAUGUGAUGGAAGAGAAUAUAGUUGCAUGUGAGCUUAAUAGGGUAGUUGAGCAGGAAUGUUCCAGUGGUUCGGCUCAUAUUGGUGAGGUGGUGGGUGUUGUUUCUCCUUCGUUUAUGUCUCCUUAG